UAUGAAUUUCCCACGUUUGAAAUCUAAAAUAUUCGAAUUCCCAAUGCCCAAAAUUUUAAAUGAUCCAAUUCUAUUAACCUCCCUUCAAGGACCUUUCUCAAAUCUAUCUAACCCUAAUAACCGGCGAACACCCUGUACUCUUAGUCUUCUGUUUCGUGCACCGCCUCCACCAAUAACACAUCAAUUGAUUAGAACUCUCCAUUUCUUCUGGUCAUUUUAUUGUCGUCGCUCACCAACCAUCUCAAUCGCAUUCUCAAUUUCACAUUGCUGCUCUCUCUCUCUCUCUCUCUCUCAUAAAAAACAACGACGUCUUCUUCUUCAAAGCAAUCUCUCCAGCUUCCAUCGACAUUACUUGAUCCACCUCCGGCCAACACCUCCACUCCGCCAACACCGCCACUUCGAUAGCAACCUUUCGGUAACAAUAUUAGAUCGAGAAUCAUAUAACAAUAUUAGGCCAAGGGAAAUCGAGAUAAUGCAGAAAUUGAUAAUUUCCAGUCGAAGCCAUCAGGUUCCUUCACCGUGUCCGGUUGUUGAUCGUGUCGCUGUUACCAUAUGUCGUCGCCGUUAUCAGCGACCGUCUCUGUCCACCAGUGUACAUCGCACGCACCACAAGACACCGAUUAUCCCAUUUGUACGACGACGAUAUCAUCGAGCCUUCAACCACCGAUGAGGGAAGCGGGACGAUCUUUUUUGAGAGCUUUAUGUAAUUUGUGCUUUUUACCCAUGUCAGCUUUGAUGGUUUUGGGCAUGGUGGUGCUUAUUGCUGCUGUAAGCUUAGAUGUGCUCACUGCUGGACAAUUGGUGUUUGGGUACCAAAUAUUAUAUCACAUGAAGACCAUCAACUUCAAAACUCAAAGAAAAGGAAACCAACUUACAUAUCAUCUGAUUCCAUUCUCAAGAAGACAAAGAACAAUACUAAUAAGAUGAAUGUCUAGUUACGUCUAGGUUUUGGUUUGUGAUGUGUUAGUUUUUUUACCAUAAUUUAAAUACUUUCAAUUAGUACAAUUUUUGUUUUUUGGUAUUUUAAUUAGGAAUUUAAUGUAUGGAUUUGGAUUUCAAUUUUUACUAUAUAUGAAAUUAUGCGU